UUCCAAUCGCGGUAUGAGACGUCAGGUGUCACGUGACAUCAUAGCUCAGAAAAUAAGCCACUUCCUUACUGCUCAUGUGAUUUGUGUUUUUGUCAUCCCAGUGAAGUCAUGUCCAGCGGGUACCAGAUAGUGGUGCAGGGCGAGGCCUCUGAGACAGACUCUGAUGAUGAAGUUUACAUCACCUCCAUGACCGCUCCCCAAACUGCUACCGUCGGAGCUAAGGUUCCUGGGGAGGCGUCUGAAACAGACAGUGAGGGUGAGGAGGAGCAGGCGGGCCGAGCCUCCUCACUGAGCCAGGAGAGCGCUCAGAUACUCAGGAGAGACCUGCCUCCUCUUAUCGUAGUUCGAGACCAUCCUGAUAUACAGUCGAUAGUGGAAGGCAGGCCAAGUCCCACACACAGGCCGCAAGGUGACACCCUUUUACAACAGAAACUGCAGGAAUCUAACAGCUGUCUAUAUUCUGAUGUGGGACAGACACUACGGCAGGUUUAUGGCAGUGCCAGUAGAGAGGUCAACAGUGCAACAGCUCAGCUGAAUACUUCGCAGAGCGCCAUCAUCAAUGCCUCCCACAGCAUAAGGUUAAUCCUGGAUGACCUGAAGGCUGUGUCCGAGAAGAUUGAUAUCAUCACCAGCUGUCAAAUACUGCCUGAUAUUAACAUCAAUAAUCCAAAUAAUUAUACUGCUCCUGUACCAUAAAGAAACAAAUUAAUAUAUAUUUAUUUAAAAUAUACAUAUCGUCAUGGGUAUAUUUUCAUUUAAUAUCAGAGUAGGAUUCAAGAUGGAAAAAAUAGCAUGUUAGCUUUACUUCAGUGUUUACAAACAAUAGCAUAUGAAGAAAUACAUAUAUCUAGGAUCACACACUUUAUAUGUAUUUGUCUGGCAGGAUUCUCUGUCCUUGUGUCUGGAGCUCUGGGAUAUUUCUGUCAAGAGAUGAUGUUCUGUCAUCCUGUGUUUUGCAGCUGUCCUCCAGGGUUGCACUUUGACAUAGAACAUAGGAACAUAUUAACAAUAUCAAUUUUCUUUCCUGCAGUUCUUUGUAAAUAUAAAUAUACCACAACAUAAUCCCUUGAACCAUUGUACAAUGAUUUUUAUAAGGCAUAUCCUUUUCUGUCUUUGCUGUUUUUUUUCUGGCUCCCUGUGAUAGGUCAAGGAUGCAGACUUGUGCAAGUUUCUCAUACUAUGAUUCAAAUGUUUGGUUCUUUUUUUUCCAGUUUGUUAAAAUUGUAAAAUAAAUGCAACUAAAUAAUAAAAAAUUGCUUUUGUUGGUAAACCUGAA